UUUCUAAGAUGGAAAAGAAACCCCUUACUUGCAGCAGUCAGCCUUAUGUUUAUACAUAGUUUCUCUGUUUAUAUCCCUAAUUUCAUAAAUGCUCAGAGAUACUUACUUGGAAGGUCAAUUGUGAUUACAAAGUCGGUUCUACUAACAACAGUCAUAAUGUGUAUACACUCUAUUGCUCUCGGAAUAUUCAAGGACAUACAAGAUACAGAAGGAGAUAAAGAGAACGGAAUACAAACCUUCAGCACUGAACUUGGAAGAGAAAAGGCAUUUUUUCUUGGCAUCAGUGUCCUUUUAGUAGAAUAUGGAAUUGCUAUCGUAGUAGGGGCUUCUUCUACUUCUACUUUAUUUAGCAAGUUCAUCUCUGUAGCAGGUCAUUGUUCGCUUGCUUUAGCUCUAUGGUUUCGUUCUAAAUCUGUUGAUGUUAAAGACAAUUCAUCAGCAAUAUCCUUUUACAUGUUCGUUUGGACGCUAUUCUAUGUUGGGAAUGUCCUCAUGCUAUUAUAUCGUUGAGAAAAACAUUGCAUA